GCCAGCGAUUUCGCGGGGUAACAGCAGCAGAGGAGAAGGAGGUAGAUCAAAUAUAAAGACACAAACACCCGAAGUAAAGAGAUAUUAAUACCUCACAGGAACGUGGACGCUGUUUUUAAUCGUGUGUCUUUUUUUUUUUUUUUUUUAAUUCCCGCUGCUCGCGCCUGUUCCUGCAAACUCCGAGAUCUGGAGACUGGAGGGUGUUCACAGAUUUGCAUAUAUCUCACUGAGGCCUUGAGGAGGUGAGGCGAGGAGGAAUAAUGAUGGCGACGGCGGAGCCUCCGAGCAGCUCCAGCUUCCUCCCCCUGUUGGAGUCUCUGGAGGACAGCGCCGCUGGACAGCCCGAGCAGACGGACGCCUACCUCACCAUCGCAAACCGGCUCAGUGGAGAGGAAGGACGCCAGUUUCUCCCUGCAGUUGAAAAGCACUUUUCUCGUCUGGGUAACGCCGCCCUGGCUCACAUAAGCAGCACAAACGCAGAGCUGAGCCAAGCUGCCCUGCAAGCAUUAGGCUUUUGUUUGUACCAUUCUCACGUUGUCUCCGCAGUUCCUGAAACCCUCGCAGCCGAUCUCCUCUCAGCACUUUGCUCUCUGGUGGUGAAGUCGGCAGAUAAGAACACGUGCACCAGAGCAUUAUGGGUAAUCUCCAAACAGAGCUUCCCUCCGGACGUGGUGGCCAAAAAA